CGGAGUUGCCAGGCGAGGCAGGAACUUCAUUCCCUUUCUGUGUGUCAGUAUCGCAGAAAUUAUGCCCCUUCUCUCACCAUGAGCUGGCUCUCCAGUUCGCAGGGAGUUGUGCUGACUGCCUACCACCCCAGCGGCAAGGACCAGGCCGUGGGGGGGAGCCAUGUCAAGGGAGGGGAGGAAGCCACCUCCAGUCGCAGAUAUGGCCAAUACACUAUGAACCAGGAAAAUACCGCCAAAGUUACAGAGAAGAUACCAUUCGACCGAUCAAAUUCCCAGGAUUCUUUGGAUGAAUUACCUAUGGAAGACUAUUGGACAGAACUUGAAAACAUCAAGAAAUCUAGUGAAAAUAGACAAGAAGAGCAAGAGGUGGUCAUUGUGAGGGAGCCUGAUGAAGGAGAAUUGGAAGAAGAAUGGCUAAAAGAGGCCGGUUUGUCCAAUCUCUUCGGAGAGUCUGCUGGUGAUCCCUACGAAAGCAUGGUGUUCUUAUCAACAUUGACUCGGACCCAGGCAGCAGCUGUUCAGAAAAGGGUAGAGACAGUCUCCCAGACCUUGAGAAAGAAAAACAAACAGUACCAGAUUCCUGACGUCAGAGACAUAUUUGCUCAACAAACAGAGUCAAAGGAAAAAGCUCCAGAUGGCACGGAAUCUCAGUCAGUCAGAACAAACGAAAACAAACACCAAGGAAAAGAUGAUCAGGCAUCCAGCCUUGUUGUUGGUCAAAAGCAGCCGAGCCUACUGAUGCCUGAGGAGCCACCUGCCUCUGAAACAGACAUCAACUUGGAGGUUUCAUUUGCAGAACAAGCUGUCAAUCAGAAAGAGUGCUCAAAGGACAGGACACAGAAGAGCAAAGGGGAGGAUGCUCAGUUACUUAAUUUCAGAUUGCCAAAAGACAAAACUGGUACCACAAGGAUUGGUGACCUGGCACCUCAGGACAUGAAGAAAGUGUGCCGUUUAGCUCUUAUUGAGCUGACUGCCCUCUAUGAUGUACUGGGUGUUGAAAUGAAACAAGAAAAAGCUGUGAAAAUGAAAACAAAAGAUUUUGGCCUUUUUGGUGUUCCAUUGACAGUAUUGCUAGAACAAGAUCAGAGGAAAGUCCCAGGAACUCGAAUACCCUUGAUCUUUCAAAAACUGAUUUCUCGAAUUGAAGAGGGAGGUUUGGAAACUGAAGGCCUCUUACGAAUACCUGGAGCUGCCAGUAGAAUCAAGAGUCUUUGCCAAGAACUUGAAGCAAAGUUUUAUGAAGGGAUUUUUAAUUGGGAAAGUGUCAAGCAGCAUGAUGCAGCCAGCCUUCUGAAGCUCUUCAUUCGGGAGCUACCCCAGCCAUUGCUCAGUGUAGAGUAUCUCAAAGCCUUUCAGGCCGUCCAAAACCUUCCGACCAAGAAGCAACAACUACAGGCUUUGAAUCUCCUUGUCAUCCUCCUACCUGAUGCAAACAGGGAUACACUGAAGGCUCUGCUUGACUUUCUGCAAAGAGUAAUAGACAAUAAGGAGAAAAAUAAAAUGACAGUCAUGAAUAUAGCAAUGGUCAUGGCCCCCAAUCUCUUUAUGUGUCAUCCGUUUGGUGUGAAGUCCAGUGAACAACGAGAAUUCGUAAUGGCAGCUGGAACAGCUAACGUCAUGCACUUGUUGAUUAAAUAUCAAAAACUUCUGUGGACAAUUCCCAAGUUUAUUGUAAACCAAGUGAGGAAGCAAAACACGGAGAAUCAUAAAAAAGAUAAAAAAGCCAUGAAGAAAUUGCUAAAGAAAAUGGCUUAUGACCGGGAAAAAUACGAAAAGCAAGAUAAGAAUCCAAAUGAUGCUGACGUUCCUCAGGGAGUGAUUCGAGUGCAAGCUCCCCAUCUUUCGAAAGUUUCCAUGGCAAUACAGCUAACUGAAGAACUAAAAGCCAGUGAUGUUCUUGCCAGGUUUCUCAGCCAAGAGAGUGGGGUAGCCCAGACUCUCAAGAAAGGGGACAUUUUCUUGUAUGAAAUUGGAGGAAAUAUUGGGGAACGUUGCCUUGAUGAUGACGCUUACAUGAAGGACUUGUAUCAGCUAAACCCAAAUGCUGAAUGGGUUAUAAAGUCAAAGCCAUUGCAGAAGAUUUAACAAGCUGCUGAUAACCACGAGGACUUAAUGACACUUACUGGAUCAAGAGUGUAAAUGAAAAAAUGGCAGGACUC